CAUGAUCCUGGGGAAGAGAAGGAACCAAGUUGGAGAAGAUAAGACACCCCGGGAUCUGAGCUGGGGAAACCUGUUCCCUUCCCGCAGAGCAGAAAGGCCUGAGGUGUGGAGGUGGGAGGAGGUUGGAAGCCUAGGACCCCACGUGAUCUCAGGGGCCCGGGGCUGUGCCGACCCCGCCCCUCCGCCCGCCGCCGCCGGGGGGCGCAUGCGCAGCCCCUGUUAGUGAUGGAGGAGAGAAGAUGGCGGAAGCGGAAUUUAAGGACCACAGUACAGCUAUGGAUAGCGAACCAAACCCUGGAACAUCUUCUGUGUCGACAACAACCAGUAGCACCACCACCACCACCAUCACCACUUCCUCCUCUCGAAUGCAGCAGCCACAGAUCUCUGUCUACAGCGGUUCAGACCGACACGCCGUACAGGUAAUUCAACAGGCCUUGCAUCGUCCCUCCAGCUCUGCGGCUCAGUACCUGCAGCAAAUGUACGCUGCCCAGCAGCAGCACCUGAUGCUGCACACCGCGGCUCUGCAGCAGCAACACUUGAGCAGCUCGCAGCUGCAGAGCCUGGCUGCUGUUCAGGCAAGUUUGUCCAGUGGAAGACCAUCUACAUCCCCCACAGGGAGUGUCACACAGCAGUCCAGUAUGUCCCAGACAUCUAUCAACCUCUCCACUUCUCCUACACCUGCACAGUUGAUAAGCCGUUCCCAGGCUUCCAGUUCUACCAGCGGCAGUAUUACCCAGCAGACAAUGUUACUAGGGAGUACCUCCCCUACUCUGACGGCAAGCCAGGCUCAGAUGUAUCUCCGAGCUCAGAUGCUGAUUUUCACCCCCGCUACCACUGUGGCUGCUGUACAGUCUGACAUUCCUGUUGUCUCGUCGUCAUCGUCAUCUUCCUGUCAGUCUGCAGCUACUCAGGUACAGAAUUUAACAUUGCGAAGCCAGAAGUUGGGUGUAUUAUCUAGCUCACAGAAUGGUCCACCAAAAAGUACUAGUCAAACCCAGUCAUUGACUAUUUGUCAUAACAAAACAACAGUGACCAGUUCUAAAAUCAGCCAACGAGACCCUUCUCCUGAAAGCAAUAAGAAAGGAGAAAGCCCAAGUCUGGAAUCACGAAGCACAGCUGUCACUCGGACAUCAAGUAUUCACCAAUUAAUAGCACCAGCAUCUUAUUCUCCAAUUCAGCCUCAUUCUCUAAUAAAACAUCAGCAGAUUCCUCUCCACUCACCGCCUCCCAAGGUUUCACAUCAUCAGCUAAUACUGCAACAGCAGCAACAGCAAAUUCAGCCGAUCACUCUUCAGAAUCCGAGUCAAGACCCACCCCCAUCACAGCACUGUAUUCCACUCCAGAACCAUGGCCUUCCUCCAGCUCCCAGCAGUGCCCAGGCACAGCACUGCUCACCGAUCCAGAGUCACCCUUCUCCUUUAACAGUGUCUCCGAGUCAGUCACAGUCAGCACAGCAGUCCGUGGUGGUGUCUCCCCCACCAUCUCAUUCACCAAGUCAGUCUCCUACUAUAAUUAUCCACCCACAAGCACUCAUUCAGCCACACCCCCUGGUGUCAUCAGCUCUCCAGCCAGGGCCAAAUUUGCAGCAGUCUGCUGCUAAUCAGGUACAACCUCCAGCACAGCUCAACCUUCCAUCCCAUCUUCCACUUCCAGCUUCCCCUGUUGUACACAUUGGCCCCGUUCAGCCGUCUGCCUUGGUCUCCCCAGGCCAGCAGAUCGUGUCUCCAACAUCACACCAGCAAUAUUCAACCCUGCAGUCAUCUCCAAUCCCAAUCGCAACCCCUCCACAGAUGUCGACAUCUCCUCCAGCUCAGAUCCCACCACUGCCCCUGCAGUCAAUGCAGUCGUUACAAGUGCAGCCUGAAAUUCUGUCCCAGGGCCAGGUGUUAGUGCAGAAUGCUUUGGUGUCAGAAGAGGAGCUUCCAGCUGCAGAAGCUUUGGUCCAGUUGCCAUUUCAGACUCUUCCUCCUCCACAGACCGUUGCGGUAAACCUACAAGUACAGCCACCAGCACCUGUUGAUCCACCAGUGGGAAUGCAUUUGAACCAGUGUCAUCUGCACAAAGUUUUUUCUCUUAAGGUUUAUCAGGUGGAAGAUGUGUGUGAAGAAGAAAUGCCGGAAGAGACAGAUGAAUGUGUGCGAAUGGACAGGACCCCGCCACCACCCACUUUGUCCCCAGCGGCUGUCACUGUGGGCAGAGGAGAGGAUCUGACUGCUGAGCAUCCUUUGUUAGAGCAAGUGGAAUUACCUGCUGUAGCAUCGGUCAGUGCUUCAGUAAUUAAAUCUCCAUCAGAUCCCUCUCAUGUUUCUGUUCCUCCACCUCCACUCUUACUUCCGGCUGCUACCACGAGGAGUAACAGUGCAUCUCUGCCCAGUGGCAUGCCCAACGUGGAAAACAAGCCUCCCCAGGCUAUUGUGAAGCCACAGAUUUUGACCCAUGUUAUUGAAGGCUUUGUUAUUCAGGAGGGAUUGGAGCCAUUUCCAGUGAGCCGUUCAUCGUUGUUGAUAGAACAACCAGUGAAAAAAAGGCCUCUUUUGGAGAAUCAGGUGAUAAAUUCUGUGUGUGUUCAGCCAGAGCUACAGAAUAAUACAAAACAUGCCGACAAUUCGUCUGACACAGAAAUGGAAGACAUGAUUGCUGAAGAGACAUUAGAAGAAAUGGAUAGUGAAUUGCUCAAGUGUGAAUUCUGUGGAAAAAUGGGCUACGCUAAUGAGUUUUUGCGGUCCAAACGGUUCUGCACUAUGUCCUGUGCCAAAAGGUACAAUGUUAGCUGUUCUAAAAAAUUUGCACUUAGUCGUUGGAAUCGUAAGCCUGAUAAUCAAAGUCUUGGGCAUCGUGGCCGUCGUCCAAGUGGUCCUGAUGGGGCAGCAAGAGAACAUAUCCUUAGGCAGCUUCCCAUUACUUAUCCAUCUGCAGAAGAAGACUUGGCGUCCCGUGAAGAUUCUGUGCCAUCUGCUAUGACAACUCGUCUGCGCAGACAGAGCGAGCGGGAAAGAGAACGCGAGCUUCGCGAUGUGAGAAUCAGGAAAAUGCCCGAGAACAGUGACUUGCUCCCUGUUGCCCAGACAGAGCCGUCUAUAUGGACAGUUGAUGAUGUGUGGGCCUUCAUCCAUGCUUUGCCCGGCUGCCAGGAUAUUGCAGAUGAGUUCAGAGCACAGGAGAUUGAUGGACAAGCUCUUCUCUUGCUAAAAGAAGACCAUCUCAUGAGUGCAAUGAAUAUUAAACUAGGGCCAGCCCUAAAGAUCUGUGCACGCAUCAACUCUCUGAAGGAAUCCUAACAGGAAGCUGCGGCUUUGACACAUCAGCUUUUGCCCUUCUCCAGCAGAUGUGCAAGGUAAAGGCCUAAUUCACCCUGGAAUAUUGAGCUUGCUGUGGUGGAGAGCCAAGCACAUUGGGAUUUCUGCACCAAAUGCUGACAUUGCUUCUACAGAUAAGACAAUUCAUCAUACAUUUUCAUAAUUAGCCAACAUUGGUGAAAUUAAUUUUGCAGAGAUUUCAUGCAACAUUAAAAGACUUGUUAGAGAAGGCCAUAAUAUUUUUCCAAAAAAUGUGUUAUACAAGAUACUUUUUUAAAGGUAAUGCCUAUCAUUAAUGCAAAGAAUCCUUUUUAAAG